AUGGCAUUUGGCAUGGCUCCGCGGACCGAGAUGGAUCGCGAGCAAGAAGCAGGCAAAUCUCUGGGGAAGGGCUUUGAUUGGCUUUCACGGGCUACUCCAGAGCCAGUUGACGGCCAUCCAACAGGUGAUGGCGCUGAACCAGGCACUCACCAGGCAGCUGCAAGGCAGCAAUGGUGUUGGUGGCGCGCAAGGACAAGUCGCCAGGACGGAGGCGUCGCGUGCAUCCUCGUCGCCUUUGACGGAGCCGCUGCUGCCGAUCAGCCCUGGGGCAAGUCCAAGUCACCAGUCGAAGGCUUGCAUGCCAACGGCAUCGACUUGGAGCGGAGUCCGCUCGGAGCACGGCCUCAGCUGCCUGUGUCGUUCUCCCGAGAUUCGCUACGCAGCCAUGCUUUGCAGUUCGGCUCGCGCUGCAGGCGCGCUGCGUCGAGGUUGGCAGUGGAGUCUCCGAUGAGCCCGACGAAGAGUAUUUCCAUGUCGCGACACCUCUCGAAGCCGGUGCUGACGAAACCGAAGGAGAUCAAAUCCUUGGCGAAGAGCGUCAUGGACAGCAUCAACAACAAGGACGUCCUCGAUCCGGAGAAGCUUUACUCGAAGACUGGCUGCUGUCAGGCCAUUGCUCGAAGCUCUGUCUUCAAGUCUUUCACAAUGGCGAUGGUCCUGCUGAGCACCUUCUGGAUUGCCAUCGAUACGGACUACAACCAGGGGCAGGGGGCCGGGGUGUUCUUCCUCAUGGACAACGUGAUUUGUGCCUACUUCUGCUUCGAGAUCACCAUCCGAUGGCUCGCCUACCAAGUGCCUCGGGAUGCCCUCUCCGAUAACUCCUUCCUCUUCGACCUCUUCUUGGCUGUGUCCAUGGCCGUCGAAACCUGGGGCUGGAUGCUGAUGGCCGCCUUUGUCGGCUUCGAAAAGCAUCAAUCCUCACCAGGCAUCACCCCGUCACUGCGAGCGCUGCGAUUGAUACGGAUUACCCGCGCCUUCCGGAUGAGCCGAAUCUUCCGCUUCGUCCCGGAGCUGAUGAUCCUUCUGCAUGGCAUGUUCCAGGCGAUCCGCUCGGUCCUCACGACGCUCCUCCUGCUCGUUCUUGUAACAUACACCUUCGCAGUGGCCAUGACGCAGCUGCUCCAGAACAAGAGCAUUGGUGGGGGGCGCUUUGAUAGCGUCCCUGAAGCCACAACUUUCUUGCUGCUGCAGACACUCUGCGGUUUCGAUUAUCACUUCAUGAUGGACAUGAUGAAUGCGGAUGGGCUUUCCUUCGCCUUUAUGCUCGCGUACCAGCUGAUAGGCUCCCUCACGCUGAUGAACAUGCUUAUCGGUGUCAUGGUGGAUGUCGUUGGCAACACCGCCCAGAUAGAACAGGAGGAGCAGAGCCUCAAGACCUUGAAAAGAGACAUCGCCGAUGUUGUGAAGCUCACCGAUGAGAAUGAGGAUCAGACGGUGACGUCCGUGGAGUUCAAUCACAUGAUCCAGAAUCCAGAAGCGGUUCGGAAACUGUACGAAGGCGGUGUCAACGUCCUAGCUCUGGUCGACUACGCCGACUUCGUCUUCAGAGACACGCCGACUUUGACUUUGGAGGACUUUGUCGAGACUGUGCUGCAGUUCCGCGGCAGCAGCCAGGCCACCGUCAAGGACGUCGUGGACCUGCGUGUGUACGUUUCCAAGGAGCUCGCGAGGCUGGCGGCAGAGACGACCGUGCCUGCGGCAGUCUAG